GGAGCACGCGCGCCCAUCAUCCUCGCGGACAAUGGCCCCCCCUCAAAAGCCCUGCUCUCUGCCUCCCAUACCUUCCCGAAGAGUAAAAUUUCUACCAUGUGAAGCAGGUCGCGCGCUUGAAGAUGCUUAACGGCGGCACGCGACAAGGACGAGAAGAUCAUCGAGGCGGCGGCGCUUCAGAAACGAAGCCGAAGGAGGUGCAGUCCGAUUGAAGGUGGCUCGAUGAGUGGCCGUAUGGUCGUUAAUCGCUCCCUCCCCUGACGCUCGCGCAGGGAAUACGAAGGUAAUCUCCCAGACUACCUUCGACUACUUCGGGAUGACUCUUGCGACGACGGAGAAUGAACCUUACUUCGCUCUCCUGCGAGCGAGUAAGCUCUCUAUGGCGCUUUUUGACGAUGCAGCUAACCUUGAUGCUUGCAAGCACUCCCACAUCGUCGAGACUGAACCUUUCUACGACACCUUCAACCCCAGGGCUCAGUGCAAGCGCUCUCGCGCUGAGGUUGGGUCGUUCGCCGAACUCGCGGAUGCCGCGAACGCGGCUACUGCGGAGCCCGAGGAGGGAUCGCCCGCUGCUCCCGCUGAAGACCCCGAGCCGCAAAUCCAUGCCGACAUGUGGCCAUCCACGGGGAGGGGAUUUCUUGUCGCAUAUACGACAAGAUAUACAAAAUCGUCGACUCGUCGGAUUUCACCCUCCACUUUCUUGACGUCGUGAACCCCUGGGCAAUAUUAUUAUGCGCAAUGCUAGUCCUCACCCCAAGGUUCGAAGACAACGUCAUGGGAACCGGGUACAAUGUAUUCUGUACUGCAUAUAUCAGCUACCAAAUUAACGACGGUCGAAAACUC